CAUAAUUUUACAUGACAUCAUAAUAGUUCCGGCAAGACCCUAUUUUAUUUAUACAGAACAUAGUGACAUACAUCUUCAUAUAGAGAUACACCAUGUUCUGGUAUUUGGCUAUUUGUUCCCUUCCAUUUGUUCUUGGAUCUUAUAGUUCCAAGUAUUUUUACAUGGAUGAAAAUUGUAACAGAGAAAUUAGUAUGGACACUGAAAGAAUUGAGACUGCAAAGUUAAAGCUGACACGAUAUAAAGAUUAUUCCAGAAAUAUGAACUGUGUACUUAAAUUAAAAGCGCCUUCAAACAAGAAAAUCAUGAUAUAUUUUACAAAGAUUGAUAUAAAAGAAUCUAGAUUCUCUAUUGGAUACUCAUGUGAAGAUUAUCUUGAAUUAUAUGAUGGAUCGGACACAUCAAACAGACAUCUUUCAGGGUUACGACAUGACAAGAUAUGUGGAGAAGAUGAACCUAAACGUGCAUUUUACACCACAGGACAGUACCUAACUUUAAGGUUCAAAAGUGACGGUACCAGACAGGAUGAUGGAUUUUCCCUGUAUUUUACUUCUUUUCAUUCAGGUGUUUGCAAUGGGACAAAUGACUUUAAAUGUAGACUAGGACAGUGUAUAUCCAAAAGACUUCAGUAUGAUGGCUACAAUCAGUGUGGUGACAAUAGUGAUGAAAACAGAGUGAUAUCAGCGUCAUCUCUCGCCAAAAUUCUGGGGGCAAUUGCAGCUGUGGUGGUGAUUGGUCUGAUUGUGUUUGCAGUGUUUUACUUUUACCGUAGAAGCCGUGGACAAUCUAGAGGAACGGUACUUAAGCAACAGCAUGAUACUAUACCAAUGGCUGCUCAACCAGUUCCAAAUCAGUAUCCAGGACAACAACCUGGAUAUCCACAACCCCAGCAACCAGGAUAUCCACCACCGGCAGGAUAUCCGACACAACAAGGAUAUCCAGCACAACCGGGAUAUCCUGCACAGCCAGGAUAUCCAGCACAGCCGGGCUAUCCACCACAACAAUAUCCCUCCGGAGAAGCUGUCCCACCACCAUACAGUGAUAACCCAUACCCAUACGGAGCACCAGGAAAACAGUAAACCAGUAAUAUGUGACGGACUUCUAUUUCUUUUAUUUCAUGAUGAAAUUAAGGUUCUAAUUUGAGUCUUCCUUGACUAUUGUAAUGAGUACACCUUUUGACUGAUAAUUUUUAAUACAUAUUGUAAAAACAAAAAUGUAUGAAUGAAAUCUAAAAUUCAAGGCUUAUAUUUAUAAGGCAAUAUAUAAAGUGAUUAUGUAUUCUGUUUUAUACAUCCAUCUGUCCACACUUUGUAACCACAACUUCUCCAAAACUAAUGGUGGGUUUGGACUGUUUUCUGCUCUUAUGUCAGGUUGUUUUCAGAGGCGGAUUUAGGGGGGGCCCAGGGGGGAAAAAUUUGGUUGCUUAUAUAGGGAAUCAUUGAAGCGUGACUGGAGCGGGCCCCCUCUUAGGUCAGUCAGUGGGGCCCCACUAAUGAAAAUUCCUGGAUCCGCCACCGGUUUUCUCUUACACACAUUCCCCAUUCCCAUUCUAUAUUUAAUGUACAUGUAUAUUCCUGUUUGAAGUUUUGUUGUUCAGAUGUUAUUCCCUUUUGCAGUUAGUUAAUAUUUUAUAAAGAGAUUUUGCACUAAC